GAUGACUUCAAACUAUAAAUAACCAUAUCAUUCAGAACUAGCUGAAGGCCAUAUUGUAUUGUAUACGAGUCAAUAUAUAACCCUAGCAGAAGAACAAACUCACCAGAAAGGUAGAAUAGCAGCAAAUGGAAGGUACAAAAAGUGAGUUAUAUUUUGUUUUCAUGAACUAUGAUCCUCAGUACGAACGCCUUCGAGCUGAUCGAACAAAAGGAGGAGCAAAUGAGCUAGAUUUGUACCUAAGCCGGAAGCAUGACCAGUUGUUGGCAAGAACCCUUCAGCCAGGAAGCUACAAGAAGACAUUGUCUCUCGUCAUUGUUGAUGGGUUUUCUGUGGAAAUUACUGAGGACCAGGCCAGUGUGCUUAGAUCUGCGAAAGAAGUGAGACUGGUGGAGAAAAAUCAAGAGCUUGCUUAAUGUAGCAGACCGAAGAGGCUUAGAAAGUGUGAACGGGAAAUGGGUUCGUAUGGGAGCUUCUGUGGCUGCAGGUUGAUUGGGGUGUGAUUUUGGGUCAACCUAAAGAUAAUAAUUAACAAUAAUGUUUCUGGGAAAAAUCUAGGAAGAUUUGUUUGAGAACUCGAUCAGUUUACGGAUGCUAGCAAUAUAAUAUCACCUAUUUAGUUGAAGUGCUUUUGGAGUUGCGAUAACUCUCUCUCUCUGUUUGGGAUCCAGUGAGUUCUCACCUAUAAAACCAUUCUCAUUACUGAGUUAACUAUUACACUAAAGGAGGUAUACUAUAGUUAUUGGUUGUCUGUCAUGUAUUAUUUCUCGUUUUGGAAUAUAUCGAUCUCGUUUUCGUUGGUUUCUGGCUUAA